AGGCAAGACUCAUAAGUUGAGUGACCAUUUCAAUAUUAACUUUUGACUUUUAAGUCUUCUUAAAAAAAAAUAAAAUCAUUCAAACGUUCUAUUAGGUUGAAGUCAUGAAGUGUUGUCGUUGGACUUUCAUAAUUGAUUUAGCUUAAUUAUAUUAGUAAUAUUUAUUAUUAUAGCACUCACAUAAUUUAUUUGUGAGGAAAAAAAGAGACAAGGAUAUUGAGUAUCUUUUUUAAGAACAUUGUUCAUUAAGCAUUUGAUAUCGAAGUAGAUAGUUUUGAAAAUUUAAAGGCGGUUGAUGGGAAAUGUAAGAAAUGAGUGUUAAUUACAAUGUUACCCCUACUGAACUCCUUUUCCAAGUAGAACUAGGAGAAGAUUUUCCAAUUGCUUCCCUGUAGUACUUAACAAAAAUGAGUGUGAAUUUACAAUGUUAACCCUACUUAAAUCCUUUUCAAAGUAGAACUAGGAGAAGCAUUCCAAUUGCUUCCUUUAUAAUAAACCUACUCCCCUGCAUUGCAACUCUGUAUCCUUCAAUUUUCUCCUCCAACAACAAUGGUGAAAUCCUCGAAAGUUCACUAUAUGCCUACGGAAUUGGAAAUGGAUGCGGCUUUGUUGUUGAUUCAGCUUAGCAGAGAUUCUUAUAAUGACGAAGAAAGCAAGGAAAAUACACAGGAGACUUCACGGUCACAGCUAAAUUAAUAAGGAAAAGGAAGUUCCGGUCAGUCGUUGAUCUCUACGAGGAGACUCAACCAUUGAUAAUGAUGAUGAUGACGAGGAAGAAGAAGAAGCAUUGGACAGGCUUUGAAAAUUAAACCGUUAGUUAUACGUAGUAAUGUUAUGUAAAUUAAUCAUAUGCAAUUAAUUAGGUGUAUAAUAAUCCAUUUGUAUAAGUCAGUAUACUGCUAAACUCAUCAACUUUUAUGGUAUAAGCUUGGUUGGGAUGUGACUUUUUGAGACCAUUUGUUAGAAUUUCAUUAUAUGUAGUUGUAAGGUCUGUUCCCUCUUCAGAUUAUUGAUUUUCUGUACUGAAGUUAGAACAAUAUUUGGACCAUGUGAUGAAUACCAAGGACUGCAAACGAACGGGCACAAUAGGCUAACCGCCAAGUUAAAACUAGUCAAUUUAUGACUGUCUUCACAAUACAGAUUAUGGACAUAAGAUGAAACUAAAUUGAGCACAUGGUUAGGGAGAAUUCACAUACCACAUAGGCUCAACUUGCGGUGGGAUCAAGGCGUAGUUGUCGUUGUAUCAAAAUCAAUUUUACACAACUCUCAGUGUUCCAACAACAAUAACUACACUCUAAUCCAAACAAGUUGUGAUCGACUAUAAAAAUCCUAUUGGGUUUUUCCAUUUUAAGCUCCCAUCUAGAAAACUCAACUAAGUAGGCGUUUCCAAGGUGUCAAAUUGUCAAUGCCACGUAGUGAAUAGAUCUCUUUAUUUGUGUGAUUUAGGUGUCUCGUCAUUAAAAAUAUAAUUUGGUCUUAGCUAGUCAUGUUCAAGUUUUACUCUAUAUGAAAUUGCAUUUGUUUGGCAUCAACAAGUUUGACCGAUAAUCACAAAUGCACACUGCCAACAACACUUAAAUCUCUUAUAAUACAGACUUUACAUUGUUUUCAUUAUUCAUCGAAUUUCAAAUCGUGCAAAUCUCUUAUAAGGUAGAUAUUUGCACGGUGUGUUGACGCAAACAAACAUUUCUUAUGAACCAACUGAAACAAAUACACGCCCACACUCUCCGAAAUGGCACUGACUUUACCCAGUACUUGAUCACUAAACUUAUUGAAAUCCCAAACAUCCCGUACGCCCACAAGGUGUUCGACAACAUUACCAAACCAACUGUCUUCCUCUACAACAAGCUCAUUCAAGCCUAUUCUUUCCAUGGCCUUCCUAGCCGGUGUUUUUCUCUCUACGUCCAAAUGCGCCGGCAAGGCUGCUCCCCUAAUCCACACUCCUUCACAUUCCUCUUCGCCGUGUGUGCCAAUCGUUCUAGCCCCAUUCAAGGCCAAAUGUUCCAUGUCCACUUCAUCAAAUGGGGUUUUGAAUUUGAUAUUUACACGAUAACUGCACUUGUUGACAUGUAUGCUAAAAUGGGGUUGUUAACUUCUGCGCGGAAGCUCUUUGAUGAGAUGGAAAAGAAGGAUGUGCCCACUUGGAAUUCUUUGAUUGCGGGGUAUGCCAAGAAUGGAAAUGUGGAAGAAGCUUUCAAGUUGUUUUCGGGAAUGCCUUCGAGGAAUGUGAUUUCUUGGACUGCUAUGAUCUCAGGAUGUUCGCAAAAUGGGAAGUAUGCGGAUGCACUAGCUGUUUACAAGGAAAUGGAGAAAGACAGAGGAGUAAAGCCUAAUGAAGUUACAAUUGCGAGUGUUCUUCCAGCUUGUGCGAAUCUUGGGGCGCUGGAGGUUGGGGAGAAGAUUGAAGUUUAUGCAAGAGCAAGUGGAUACUUUAAGAAUAUGUUUGUUUGCAAUGCUGUGCUUGAAAUGUAUACAAAGUGUGGUAGAAUUGAUAGGGCAAUGCAACUCUUUCACGAGAUUGGUAGGAGGAGGAACUUGUGUUCUUGGAAUACCAUGAUCAUCGGGUUAGCUGUCCAUGGAAAAAGUGAUGCAGCUCUUAAGCUUUUCAAUCAAAUGCUGGGAGAAGGAAAUGCACCUGAUGAUGUAACAUUUGUCGGAGCAAUCUUAGCAUGCACACACGGAGGCAUGGUAGAGAAGGGCUGGGAACUCCUCAAAGUGAUGGAGAGAAGAUUUUCCAUAGCUCCAAAGUUGGAACACUAUGGCUGUAUGGUCGAUCUCUUUGGCCGGGCUGGGAGAUUGCAGGAAGCUUAUGAUCUUAUACAAAGCAUGCCAAUGAGACCUGAUUCUGUUAUAUGGGGAACUCUGCUUGGAGCCUGCAGUUUCCACGGCAAUGUUGAACUGGCUGAGCAAGCAGCCGAAUUCCUUUCUGUGUUGGAGCCGUGGAAUCCUGGGAAUUAUGUUAUUCUCUCUAACAUCUAUGCAAGAGCUGGUCUGUGGGAUGGUGUUGCAAGGCUAAGGAAACUGAUGAAGUCCUCCCAGAUUACAAAGGCAGCCGGGUACAGUUUCAUCGAGGAGGGAGGUGAUAUUCAUAAGUUUAUAGUAGAGGAUAAAUCCCAUCCAAAAUCCGAUGAGAUAUAUGCACUGCUUGACUUAGUCACCACUAGAUUGAAAUUUGAUGUAAGCAACAUUGAUAUUGAUUUGGAUUCUAUUGUUGAAUAGAAUUUUAUCAAAGAAAUCUGAACA